AGGGAGAGAGGGAGAGGACAUGCCGAGAUGACUGAGGCGAGUGUGCCCUCAGGUUCGAGGUUACACGUGUUGUCUGGGGUGAUGUCAGCCCCAGAGCCGGGCCCCACCAUCAGCACCCCCACAGCGGGAGGGGGGGCCAACGUGUCAUGGCUGCCAGACCCCCCCACCGCGGUGCAGGAGCCCAUCUUCCUGAUGACCACAGCUGCUCAGGGCGUCUCUGGCCUGUUUGUGUGGGCGGCUCUGCUCAUCACCUGUCACCAGAUCUACAUGCACCUGCGCCAUUACAGCUCCCCUAACGAGCAGCGCUACAUCGUGAGGAUCUUGUUCAUCGUCCCCAUCUACGCCUCUGACUCCUGGCUCAGCCUUCUCUUCUUCACCAACGAUCAGUACUAUGUCUACUUCGACACCAUCAGGGACUGCUACGAGGCGUUUGUGAUCUAUAACUUCCUCAGCCUGUGUUACGAGUACCUGGGAGGGGAGAGCACCAUUAUGGCCGAGAUCCGCGGGAAACCCAUCGAGUCCAGCUGUGUGUACGGCACCUGCUGUCUCUGGGGAAAGACUUAUUCCAUCGGCUUCCUGCGCUUCUGUAAACAGGCCACGCUGCAGUUUUGUGUAGUGAAGCCGAUCAUGGCUGUCAUCACCGUCAUCCUCCAGGCUUUUGGCAAAUACCGGGACGGUGACUUCAAUGUGGCCAGCGGCUAUCUCUACGCCGUCAUCAUCUACAACGUGUCGGUCAGCCUGGCCCUCUACGCUCUCUUCCUCUUCUACUUCGCCACCAGGGACCUGCUCAGCCCCUACAGCCCUCUCCUCAAGUUCUUCAUGGUCAAGUCUGUCAUCUUCCUCUCCUUCUGGCAAGGAAUGCUGCUGGCCAUCCUGGAGAAGUGCGGUGCCAUCCCCAAGAUCGAGUCGGCCGAGGUGUCCGUGGGGGAGGGCACGGUGGCCGCUGGCUACCAGAACUUCAUCACCUGCAUCGAGAUGUUCUUUGCUGCCAUCGCUCUGCGCCAUGCCUUCACCUACACUGUGUACAUGGACAAGAGGCUGGACUGCCAAGCCACCGCGUACAGCCCCUAUGGCCGCCGAGCCCCUAUGAAGAGCAUCUCGAGCAGCCUGAAGGAGACGAUGAACCCUCAGGACAUUGUGCAAGACGCCAUCCAUAACUUCUCCCCAGCCUAUCAGCAGUACACACAGCAGUGCACCCUGGAACACGAGCCCUCCCACCCCCAGGCCGGCUACCCCCCACCACCACCCCGCAGCCGUGCCCACCGCGACACCGAGAAAACCCUCCUACUCAGCUCUGACGAUGAGUUCUAGCCGUGGCUCAGGCUCUGAUGUCGGGGUACGUGUGGGCAGUGACCAGUAUAAGAACUAAACGAAGGGUUCAUUUGGGUUCUGUGUCCCUCAGUCCUGUGCCUUUCUCCCGGGGGGUAAGGGGGUGGGUGGGGGCGGGUGUGGCAGGGUGAGAAACUGACCCUAACCAACAACCAACCGCUCCCAUGUUCCAGCACCACUUCGGUCAAGUUGCAUGUGUGAGUGUGCUAUCUGUCACAGGGUAUGUGUUUCUGUGCGCGUGUGUGUGUGCUGUCUUAUAGGUUGUGUGGGUGUGUGUGCGUGUGUGUGCUGUCUGUCACAGGCUGUGAGUGUGCGUGCUGGGCGGUGUCUGUGUGCUGU